GGCUCUACUUCCUCCUCCUCCCCACCACCACAUCUUACUGUAAUCACUCCCACACCAACCGCUCUACAGGCUAAAUACUUCACAGGCUCUCCUUUUAUCGAACCUCUGAUUUGUUCAACCUCCGAGUACUUUUUAAUCCCCACCAUGGGAGGAACCGUUACCGUGCCCUCGGGAUCAAGCACGUCGCUACUUUCGACACAAUCACGUUACAAUAGCCAGCAUCCCUUGCCACAUUUCUGCGAAGCAUGAAACAUACCCCGUCAAUUGGCAGGCUCCAAAGUGAUUUUUCCUGUAGGCAAGCUGUGCUGACCUGAUUUUAUGGAGAAUUCAGACUCUUGCGGACAGGUAAGCCUGUCAGUGGCCGUGUGCGUAUUUUGUUCGGCUGCCCGGUGGCCACAAAAUCUGUCCUCUGUUCCUGUGUCACAGGAUGUUUUUCUUGUAUAUGAGACCCAGAAUUCUAUCAGCUACCGAGAUACGGGUUAGACCUGAAAAGCGACUCCCAAUGAAUACGAUCGCAGAAUGGUAUCUUUUGCAUCCGAUAAUCACCGACUUAAAUGAUCUUUCGAUCAUCAAAUAAAAGAACUCGCGUAAUAGCUGCCGUCGGUCCGGACCCUUGAGAUCGAUCCAUUCAUCAUUGCAGUGCCCAGUGCACACACUCUUAGAUUCUAAAUCUCAAAGGGUGAUGCCCGCAAUUACUUGCUUAAACUAUAUCAGGAAUCCUAGGUGGGCGAUAACGAAAUUCAGCAUUGGCAAUAAGCAAGGUUGUGUGACAACACCCAGCCGCCGUUGCACGCGCUGGGUACCGUAUACUUCUUAAUUUUUAAGCUUGAAAUACCACUAUACCAAAUGGGGGUAGCAGAAUAAUCAAGAGCUAAGUCGGCUAAGACUCCCAGCGCUCAAAUCAUAUUUGCUACCAAGUACCGUGCAUUCCCCUCAUAUCCCGGCGGCUACCCCUUCCCCUGCUAACAUGCACAUCCCACUCUGUUUAGUUAAGGCGCUACCUUGCUCCUGCUUGCUCACUGCCACCUGGUCCCCGGCCCAAUGAGUGACCAGGGCUGAGUUUGCUGUGCCUCUCAUUCUGUUUAAACUUAUAGGUCCUGGCUGGCAUAAAAAAAGACAUCGACUUUUUACUUGCUAACAAGGCUUCUAUUGACUCGACAUUGUCAGGCAGAUUGAUUUCAUUGUGACUACAUAAUUAUACCACGCCAUACUAAUUUCAAAUGCUUGAUAUAUAUUCUGCUCCUAUUCCAUCUCCUACAUUCUUUGAGGAUUCUUUUGCUGUUACAUCGCCAGCUAUCUUCAAGAAACCUCUUCUACCUCGUCUCAAGAUGACCACCAUGGGGGAGCCUGCCUUUGGCGGGGGCCAUGGUGUGCCUCACAGUGCAAGUCACACGAGUGCUAGAGCUUCAGAUGUUCCCUGGACUCCUUACAGUGCUGUCUCGUCAUUCAACCUUCCAGCACAUUACGAUUCAACUUUGAUCACGCCUAUUACAAUGGCACCAUCUCCAAAUAUCUCUUCAAGGCCAGCACCCACAGCAAGAGAAAGGGAUAUAAAGCUAUCACCAUCCAUGGAAUCACCAGAUUAUCCGCUCUUUGGUGGGGGCGAAGACGAUUUUGGUUCCAGACUCGGUUCUGCUCCAAUGAAGCAAAAAGGCCCAAGUUCCAAUAAUGCCAAGAUCCCUACCAGCGAGCCUAAUUAUCCUACUUCUCCUACUCUUUUCUGUACUUCCCCUUAUUAUGGUGCAUUUGGAGUUUCCGCUACGCCAAAAUCAGGACGAGCAGCUGAGUUGACAUCUCCAAAUAUGAAUACCAGUCCUCAAAGUACAAAUCCAAGUGCUAUGAGCGCAGAUCUCCGAAGGUCGCGCCAUGCCACACCAGCUCAAAGUCCUGAGAGCUACAGAGUAAACAACCCCGCGCCAAUACUGAUUGCUCCUAACCCCAACACAAUGCGACCAGCAACUAGACCUGGAGAUAUGCCAUAUAGAGACAACAUGCAAUAUGGCCGUCAUGAUUCUAUGCAUUCCAUGCAUUCCAUUGCUACGCCAAUAAAUUCCUAUCACUCAACACCACCUCAAUACCCAGAGCAACAAAUCGCUCCCAUUCCUAAUCGAAGAAAGAGAAAGGGCGCCCCCACACAUUUAGACGGAGAUAUUCUUUUUCAUGAGAAUAUUAGUCACGAGGAACAAAUCCUGAUGCAACUAUCAGAUGUUGAAGGCCUCGCGUGGAAAGAGAUUGCUAAGCAGUUCAAUGAAAGGACAGGCAGGAGUAUGAAAGUUCCAGCUCUGCAAAUGCGCAAGAAGCGACUUUGUGAACGUCUCCGCAUUUGGACUGAUUGCGAGGAGCGAGCUUUGACACUUGCUUGGGAAGAUUACGAAAGAGAUAAAUGGGAAGCAGUCGCAAAAGGCAUGAUGAAGCAUGGAGUCCAAGAAAAGUGGAGUAAAGAAGCCGUCCAGAGAAAGUUCAACGAAAUGUUCCCUCCUGACGAUCGGUCAUACAACACGGAGUAUGCAUUUUCCAAACAUACGGAGCAACUGAACUACGAUAUCAAGAUGGAACCACGAACGCCAUGGCCAAAUCACGAUGAAAGGGACAGCGCGAUUCACAGUCUCACAGACGAAGAGCAAACUUUAGUAGGAGAGUUGAGGAGUAGGACUGCAAGUGAUGCCAGUUCGCUGCAUUACCAGCAGCAACAUCAUCAACAAAUUAUGUAUGCGCAACAGCAUCAGCAGCAACAUCAAGAGAUAUGGGCGGGAAAUUGAGCAGGGACCGUUGAAGUACAGUAUUCGGGGGCGAUAGAUAUUGGUAAUCGUUUUAAAUUUCUCUACAAUAUAUGGAAGUCUGAUUUCUACGAAGUUUGGGUAUAAUGAGCAAUCGUUCUACGGAACCAUUGGAGUGCACAUAAUAUUGUGCAGAAGGAAAUUAAAACUGGGUUUACAGGCAGGCCAUCAAUAGAGACAAGUCUAGGGGCGGCAAACAUCUGAUAUCAUUGUCAAGGAGAUUUCAUUUCCCUAGAGCAAUCGAUAUACAUUCAUUGUACAAAUUAAUAGAAUAGUCUUGAAGAAGAAGCAUAGUCCUUCACUGGCAGUACAUAUCUACCCAUCAAACUUUCACAGACCAAGUUUUCCAAAUGUCUAGCAGUUUGCGGUACGUGAGCGGCGCGGCAAAGUCCAAGGUUGGCACCUAUCCAAUGUUUUCACUCGUCACAAAAAAGGCGUCUGGACAGAAUACUCUCCGUCGUGAAUGUUAGAUUUUGGAAUACUCAGCAAACCCAAAAAUCAAGUGACCGCUCGAUCAUGCGGACAAGGAUAUCUAUGCAUUCACACGAAUCAAAUAUCGUGGACCUUCCUUGUAAGGCUGUGAACCAACUGUUUCCUUGACCAAUGCGAGUCAUACCCGAGUCAUACCGGCAGGGGGUUGACAAAUUACUGAGCCGUGAAUACGUUUUGACUCGAAUUCCAGAAUCUGACGGCCAUGUUGUUUUCGGCAUUAAGAUAGAUUAUCUUUGGGGUUUGUAAUAGGUAGCACGUUUCCGGAAGCCCAGGGGUCUUGAAAAGGACGGCUGGACGCAAAACCUCUUUCGGUUGCAAUGGGCUAAGUACACAUGGUCUGCUGGGUUUAAAGUCGUAUUGGCAAUAUGGUUCUGACCAAUCUGCGCCCCUUUGAAAUUACGGUCUGUGAUGGUUAAUCGAUUGACGGUGUGAUAGUGAGAGUGCAUGAUGGAAGACUCCUAGGAAUUUUCCGGAAAUAAUAACUAUUCGUAUCUAUCUUCUUACUAUUCCAGAAAUAAAUCUAAUAACUUCGCAUUCUGGUGGCGCAGACUUUGCCAAAACGAUCUUAAAAACAAAAUCCAGGAGUAUUUGGAAUGCGUGUUAUCUACAGCCCUGUAUA